CUAGUUUUUCUGUUCGCUUUUCCUUUCGUCUCUUCGUUUGACUGGAUAAAGAUAAGGCGGGGAACAGAAACGACAUGGAAAACGACCGGCUGUCUGUCGGCCUGGCGGCACUCGUCGGGGGUUUACCGUGAAUUCGUGUCUGCUUGUCUCCUCUGUCUCCGUCUCCCUUCAAUGGUCUGAGAACUCCGAGGGAAAUUCACAAAAAAAGGAGAGACAAACUGGUCAAAUCUGUGCAUGGAGACAGGAGCUUCACGUGCCACUACACUAACGCCUCUUCACCGGUUCGUCUACCCCUCGUCUGCCUCAGCAAAUGCAGUGAAUGCCUCUAAACUUUUGACGGACUCUGAGGAGGUUAAGACGCCUACGUCUGUCUGUCUCCUGGUUCUUUUCUCGUUGAUGAGGCCUCUCCAGUCGAGAGCGACUUUGGAAAGCAAAAGCAUACUCCCGUAACUUCCAGGACGACACAACUGCGGAACAGUGCCAUGUUGACUUCGUCUACACUAGCCGGAUCGACGCCCGCGCAUAUCAGAACAAGCGAACAAGCUUGUCCAUAAUUGUAUCUCCCAUAUAUCAUUCGAUGUGUGUAUGAGCAUUUACCUAUUCGUAUCACACCAGACAUGCACAAGAUCCACGUCCUUGUACUGUGUAGCAAAUCUGCUUUCUGUGUGGAUUUACAAGUGGUGUACGCUGCUGUACGCGACUGAAUUGGUAGGAUUUUUCCAUCACGAUGCAGCGGCUUUCGAGUUUUCCGUGUCUGUUCUCUGUGUCCGGGCGUCUGUGUCGCGGCUGGUUCUCUUUUUUUGCUGCUUUGCCAUGUUUCGUCGUGUGUCUGUGUCUUUUCUCCUGCGUGUGUGCCCCUCUCUCUUUGGCAGUAGCCGUGGGGAGACCGUCCUCAGCGCGAGCUUCCACCAGUCUCGCCUCGCCUGGUAUGUCUUCUCCUGUCUCUCGACUUGGUGCCCGACUUUCUCUGCUCUCCCAAACGCGACUUUCGCGUUCUCGAGAAUGCAAGGUCGCGGCAAGCACGGCUGCUCUGCGCCGCUCUUGUGAACAGUCGCUUCUGCGUCUCCUUCGGUCUCCAGAGGAUCAGACGACAGAGACGAGACAGGCCAAUAAAAAGCGGAGCGGUUCGCUCCGCCCGCCUGGCACUUUGUUUCCUGCCUUGCGGCUUGCGGGCUUCAUUGCUUCUUCGAGUUCCGAGGUUGUGACGGAAAUGAGCCUGGGAGGCGAGUGGAAUGUCGAGGUGAACCUCCAGCUAGCGGUCUCGGAGCUCGCCAGCCAGGUGUAUGGACACCCCGGAGACGGGGGCACUCAAGGUGGAGCUGGCUUCUUCCGCCGCUGGUUGUCGAUCGGGCAAAAGGGGCAACGGAAGGAUUGGCAGAGACAUCCGUUUUUCCGCGCCCUUCUCGAAAUGGCUGCCCGUAAGGACCUCUCUCUGACACUAAAUGUCAACAGAGAGGGCUUCUUGGCAAUCGGCCGCGGCGCCGAUCCGCUGGCGAACCAACGCCACCCGUUCCCGCCUGCUGUCUGGCAGCUGAAGAGACAGCCGUUCGCUGCGCUCUCCGUGGAAAUCGAAGUUCCCUUCCCCGCAGACGAUCCCGAGUUUAUUCUUGUCUUUGUCGCGCCAGUGGAGCCUGGACGCUUUCUCCCGUCUUCAGUAAGAGUGAACGAAGGCCGAGUCUUCGUCGCCGUCUCGCCUUUCCUACCCUGGCAAAAAAUCGAAAUCGGCAAUUUCUCCAUGCGCCCGAAAACUCUCAAAACCAUCGUGGAUCCAGCGCUGCUCUAACGCUGCCGUAGAAGCCUCAGAACAGAAUGUGUGACUUGACCACGGAAAAUAUCCAGAACACUCUGCAUAACUCCAGAAUUCUUUCCGUGCACCCAGUGGUUACUGUUUUCAUAUGUGUGUGUGUAUACGUGUGGAUUUCGUUUGUAAAUACAGGCGACAUAGACCUCCAUGCAACUCGACGACUAAUGUUUACCCUCGAGAUCUAUCUGUGCCUGCGUGAAAUGCGGGCUGUACAGAACCAUGUAACCUAUGGAAGGAUGUCAAUAUGCAAGUGCGUCAGUUCACACAUGUGUAUGUGGGUGCAUCUGUGACGAGGAGUGUCGUCAGGGAGUUGGCCAAAAACCGAACCUUUCUUUUUAAUUUCUGAAAGCAUUAUGCUGCUAACUGAUCCCCUGCUGCUCUUGGCACACAGCCCGCCAGACUUGCUGGGCCGUUAGUUGUUCUUUUCUGAAUUCUGUCGUCACAAGGACGUCUAUGAUAAAGCGUCACCUCAAGACAGUCCCGUGGUAACACGCGGAACUUCUGAGGAAAUAUAUAGCUUGCCCACCCCACAAAGCAGAACACACACAGAUUCAAAAAAAACGGCGAUCUACAACCAUGAUGUGUAUGAUUCAACACUCUUCC